AUGGGCCGCGAGUUUGGGCAUCUGAUGCGGAUGCGGCAUGUAAUCACCUACAGCUUGUCGCCCUUUGAGCAGCGCGCCUUCCCGCACUACUUCAGCAAGGGCAUCCCCAACGUGCUGCGCCGCACUCGGGCGUGCAUCCUUCGCGUCGCGCCGCCGUUCGUAGUGUUUUAUCUUGUCUACACAUGGGGAACCCAGGAGUUUGAGAAAUCCAAGAGGAAGAAUCCAGCUGCCUAUGAAAAUGACAAAUGAGCAACUCAUCUGGAUAAUAGUUCCUUGUCUCUGAAAGACCCUUCUCUGGGAGAGGAGUCUACAUUGCAGUGUCUUGAAGACACAAUAAACUUAUUGUAGGCUGCA